AUGCAGCCGCUCGCGCACGAUCAUCCGGCGCGAGUCGAGUACUGGCUCGACAGCGGCGGCGGCGACUGGUGGAUCGCGGAUCCGAUUUACAUCCACCCGGAGGCCAAGGUGCUCGACUUUGUCUUUUCAAACGGCGAGGGCCAGUACGACAACGCGGGCGGGCGCGAUUACCACGCGCCGGUGGGCUUGGAGGACGGCACCCUACCCCCCGAGGAGGAUCACGUCGCCAAGCGCGAGGAGCUCCUCGAGGAGGAACAGGGCCCGCUCGACGCCACCGCCGCGCACAGGGCGGGGCAGCGCGCGGAGCGCAAGUUUCUCGCGAGGUCAUCCUUCGCGCCCAGGCCGCCCGAGGACCCGGCCACCGCCAAAGUCGUCACCGUCCCGGCGAUUCCCGUCGCGGGCAAACCCGUAGACGUCUUUUACCGCCUGGACCGUUCCGACCCCAAGUGCCCGUUGCGCACCAACGACGUGUUCAUCCAGGGCUCGUGGAACCGGUGGACGCACUCGGACGGGUUCGGACCCACGCAGAUGUUUCCGGCGGAUCCGAGCAUGCUGCCGGGGGGACCAAACGCCAAACCCGCGUACACGGCUAAGAUUUUUGUCCCUAAGAACGCUCACGUCAUGGACUUUUACUUCAAGGACACGCAGGCCAACGGCCAGGGGAACUACGACAGCAAGUACGGCCUCGAUUACCACGUCAACAUCACCGGCGCCGCGGGCGGCGGCGACCCCAUCAUGCGCGUGGUCAACAUCGCGGUGGAGAUGGCGCCCAUCGCGAAGGUUGGAGGCAUGGGCGACGUCGUCACCGCGCUCUCCCGCGCCAUCAUCGAGAAGGGUCACAACGUCGAGGUGAUCUUGCCCAAGUACGACUGCAUGGACCACGAGCAGAUCGACGGCUUGCACCUCGCGGAUGAGUUCACGUGCAACGGCGUCGAGAUCAACGUCUGGAAAGGCGACGUCGAGGACGUCCCUGUGACUUUCCUGCAACCGGAGAACGGCCACUUCGACGUCGGGUGCAUCUACGGCCGGGGCGACGACCACAUCCGGUUCAACUUCUUCUGCGAGUGCGCGCUGGAGUGGUUGAAGGUGACGGACGCCAAGGUGGACGUGGUGCACUGCCACGACUGGUCGUCGGCGCCGGCUAUCUUCGCGCGGCGAUCGCGGCUGCCGGCGGGGUGCGCCACCGUGUUCACCAUCCACAACCUCAACUUUGGGCAGGACCUCAUCGGCAGGGCGAUGGAGCGCGCGACGUUCGCGACCACCGUGUCGCCGACGUACGCCAGCGAGAUUGCCGACCAGGGCGCGAUCAGGGUUCACAAAGAGAAACUCGUGGGCGUCCGCAACGGCAUCGACAUCGAGAUUUGGGACCCGAUGACGGACGAGUGCCUCGAGCAAAACUACAACGCCGACUCGUGGAAAAACGGCAAGGCGGUCGCCAAGCGCCAGCUCGCGGAGAGGCUUAAGAUGGCGAUGCCACCCGCGGACCACUCGGUGCCGCUCGUGGGCGUCGUGGCGAGGCUGACGCACCAAAAAGGGGUCCACAUGAUCAAGCACGCCAUGUACCGCACGGUUGAGAACGGCGGGCAGGUUGUCCUCCUGGGCAGCGCGCCCGACGGAAACGUUCAGAGAGAGUUCAACCAGAUGGCGGAGGACAUCGGCAACAGGUUCCCGGGCCAGUCCGGCUUUGUGUUUGCCUACGACGAGCCGCUCUCGCACCUCAUCUACGCGGCUUCGGAUAUUUUACUCGUGCCGUCGAUGUUCGAGCCCUGCGGUUUAACGCAGAUGAUCGCCAUGCGCUACGGAUGCAUCCCCGUCGUUCGCAGGACCGGCGGUCUGAGGGACACCGUGUUCGACGUGGACGACGACAGGGAACGCGCCGCGGAGCAGGGCCUGACUCCCAACGGCUUCUCUUUCGACGGCAGCCAACACUACGACAUCGAGUACGCCCUGGAUCGCGCGAUGCGCAUGUACGCCAGCGAGAAGACCAACUGGGAUACCCUGGUGGGCACGACGAUGCGACAGGAUUGGGGCUGGACGGACCCGGCGGACACCUACGUGGAGCAUUACUGGAAGGCGACGAAGAGCGCCAAGUACCAGGCGGCGCAGGGUCUUCACCGCGACUGA